AACAAUUAGUUACAAUAAUAAUGAUAACAAUAAUAACAAAAGUUAUUUUUAUCGUUUGUUGAAACCAAAAUCGAGAUCUCUCUUGCCUCAUGAACUAUGCAAGAAAACAAACAUGGAUUUGUUUGGAAAUUUUGAGUCUGAAAAAUGGUCAAAUGGAGUUCCUCCGUCAAACUUGCAAACUUCAGGUUACGAAAAGCAUACAGUCUAUCGAGUGACUAAAAAACCUGAAUUUUUUGAGUAUUAUAUGGCAAACAGUAAUGGGGAUCCAUGCUGCACGUUUUUGUAUGGAGCAUUGAGAGAUCCAUUGCUUUCAAUAACUAAUUGCUACUUGAAAAUAAAAAAGAUAAAUGGUUGCCAUGUUAUUACAGGAAUGAUUGUUGAUGAUGAUUGUGUUGAAAUAAACAAUGACUUUCUUAUAACUAUAAAUCCUCCUGCUUCCGAAGAAAAAUUUCAAAGAAAAGAAAGCAUUAGUCUUGGAUUAAUUAGUGACUUAGAAGUGGAUCAAUGGACCGAAAAGGAAGAACCUCCAUGGAAUAAAUCAAAAAUUGGAUACAGUUACUACAGUAUUCGAAGAAAUAAACCUGAGGUGAUUAAUGGCGUGUUGAAAUAUCAUCUGGCAUCUGACCAAGGACUUUCUAUAAAUGCUUUUUUAAAAGGGGCGAGAAGAGAUCCUUUGCGAUCGAUUGGAAAUGUAUAUUUGAAAAUAGAUAACUUUGACGAGAUAAUAGGCAUAAUAGUUGAAAAUGACUGGGUAGAAAAAAAUCAAUAAUUCAAAUUUAAUAAAGUAUAUGUAAAUCAAGGCAUGUCAAAUUUGGGAAAUCAAGACUUAAUUUUCAUUUAUAUUUAACUGUGUUAUAACAAUACUUUAUACACUAAUGUACACUGUUGUUAUACACUAAGGAAAGUUUUUUAUUAAUUUCUAAACUGAAAAUUUAAAAACCAUGUACAUAAA